GAAGCACCAUGGUGUGGUGUGACCGCGGCGUGCAGAUGCUGCUCACCACGGUGGGCGCCUUCGCCGCCUUCAGCCUCAUGGCCAUCGCCAUCGGCACCGACUACUGGCUCUACUCGAGCGCGCACAUCUGCAACGGCACCAACAUCACGGCGGACGAGGCGCAGGGGCCGCCGCGCCGCGCGCGGGGCGACCUCACGCACUCGGGGCUCUGGCGCAUCUGCUGCCUCGAAGGAAUCUACAAAGGACAUUGCUUCCGAAUCAACCAUUUUCCUGAAGAUAAUGACUAUGACCAUGACAGCUCAGAAUACCUUCUCCGCAUUGUCCGUGCCUCCAGCGUGUUCCCCAUCCUAAGCACAAUAUUACUGUUGCUGGGAGGACUUUGUGUCGGAGCGGGGAGGAUUUACAAUAGCAAAAACAACAUUAUUCUCAGCGCUGGGAUUCUUUUUGUUGCAGCAGGACUAAGUAAUAUCAUAGGGAUCAUUGUCUACAUAUCAAGCAACGCAGGUGACCCAAGUGACAAGAGAGAUGAGGACAAAAAGAACCAUUACAACUAUGGUUGGUCUUUUUAUUUUGGAGCCUUGUCUUUUAUUGUGGCUGAAACCAUUGGCGUUCUGGCUGUGAACAUUUAUAUUGAGAAGAACAAAGAGCUGCGGUUUAAGACCAAGAGGGAAUUCCUUAAGACUUCCUCCAGUUCUCCUUAUGCCAGGAUGCCAAGUUAUAGAUACAGGAGGCGGAGGUCCAGAUCCAGUUCUCGAUCUACAGAACCUUCCCCAUCUAGAGACAUUUCUCCGGUUGGCAUGAAGAUAGCAAGUACCAUUCCCAUGAAUGAAAUUUCCAUGUACACCCUUUCCAGAGAGCCUUUGAAGGUUACAACUGCGGCCAGCUACAACGCAGACCAAGAAGCCAACUUCCUGCAGGUUCAUAACUUCCUUCAGAAGGAAUUUAAGGAAGGACUCCAUGUCAAUAUGGUCAACAGGAGAACGACACCCGUUUGAAAUACCUUGCUUCCUUGUGCUUGUUGAAGAAAUAUCAAAACGUAAUGGAUCUUUCAUGAAAGAGAAGGAGCAAUGUUAAAAUACCCUCUCACCUCUUUAAUUGUGGCAUGUGUUGAAGUAGCAAGUGGAGAUCCUCCGGACCUACAAAUGAUAUUACAUGCUCAUAGCUUUUUUGAAGCUAUUUGGAGUUUGUUUCUUUCAGUUCUUGGUGUCACGAGAUGAAGGCAGUUCAUGUUCCUGCACUUUUGUAGUGUGUACAAUGUCUCAGUGAAACUGCGAAAGACUUGCCACCAGUGUGUUUUAAAGGAUUACAGAAGAAUUGCUGUAUGCCUUUCUUUUCUAAAAUCGAGAUCCCAUACUAUAAACUUGCGAAUCUAAUUUAUAACGAAGCCCAAGGAUGAAUAUGAACUACUCCUCAAGUGGUCCAUUUUCCUCUGACAUGGGAGCAGCUUUGCCUCUUUAGAGGAAGAAAGGAAAAUUACGGCUGAACUGGCCGGUGCCGCUGAAGCCGCGGGACAGCCAUGUCCCGCGUGUCACAGACUCCCUGACGGGGCAGCGUUCGGGGAGGCUUCUACUCCUGCUCUCCGGCAGCGGGUG